AUGAUAUGGCAGGCUGCCUUGCCUCUGCUUCUUGCCAGCGGCGCAACAGCCGAGAAAGAUGUGACUUGCACCACCAAUGAGGUCAAUCUGAUUCAAAAUCCCUCUUUUGAAUCAGGUAACCUUUCUGGAUGGAAAUCUGUUGGGGAUAGCAUGCAUUUGGUCACUGGCCACAAGGCUGCUCAUGGUGACUGCCAUCUUGAGCGGUCAUCAAAGUCCAACGAACCUGUUUCUGGUGUUUACCAAGAAGUCUCCGGGCUGGUAAAGGGUUCUACCUACACUGUCUCGGCUCAAUGGCGAAUCCAGAAACCAGUUGCUGAUGGAAAAGCGGCUUGCGACAUUGCUUUUUAUAUGGUCGGUGACAGAGCGACAUCAUACAUCGGAGGCUACGAAAACCUGCGGGCAACACCUGAAAACACCGCUUGGAGAACCGUUUCGGCGCAGUUUGAUGCAAAGAGUACCAAGGGAACCCUAUAUGUCUACUUGUUUUGCCCGGUGGUGAAGCGUCACCAGGCAAAGGCCGAUUUGGAUAACAUCAAAAUGCUGAGUGGAGAAACAACAACUACAUGUGUCACUUCGGCCACUUCACCUACGUCUGCACCUGUGGUUUCUGUCCCCGCUCUGCCGUCAAUUGACUCGCCCUCAGGCAACCCAGUUAUCCCGUCCCAAAUUCCCUCCGUCCAGCCUUCUUCCGCACCAACCACUGACUCCGGAUCUAUCACUUCCUCUCCUCCCGCAAGCUCUAUCCCUCACUCGAGCAUUCCAACUUCGUCUUCUCUCAUCCGAGUGACCAUCUCCUCGCGCCCGCCUCCUUCUGCACGCCCUACGGUUCGCCCCAUUUCUUCAAGCUCCGUCCCCAUCGGCUCGUCAGUGACUAUCCCACAUGAGACUGCGCCAACAACUGGCACACCGAUCGUUCCAUCCAGUGGCCCAACCUCCCUUCCUAGCAGUGUGCCUCCGUCGGGCUCUGGCUCUGGCUCUGGCUCUGGCUCGGGCUCGGGCAAUGGAUCUGGUUCUGGUUCUACUGGUGGUUCCGGUGAUAACUCUGACAAUGGCUCUGGAAAUGGAGGUUCUGGUAACGGGGGCUCUGGCUCAGGCAACGGAGAGUCGGGCUCAGGCAACGGAGAGUCAGGCUCUGGCAGCGGAGGCUCUGAAUCUGUCGGAGUGACUACUCCAGCACCCACAGCUCCCCAGCUCACAACUUCCACUGUUUUCACCACUCGCACCUCUACAAUCACCGCUUGCGCCGCCACCGUGACCAACUGCCCCGCUCGAAGCACCUAUGUGACCACUGAAACUAUUCUUGUCUCGACUACCAUCUGCCCCGUUGAAGCUAGUACCACCACGAAUCCCGGUGGAGCUAUCAUCACCGGAUCCCCUGCUGUCCCCGGAAAUAAUGGCGGGCACCACUACACUACAGAGACCAUUCUGUCCACUCGCACCGUCACCGUCACCGCUUGCCCCUCCACUGUCACAAACUGUCCUGCCCGUGAUAAGACCACCUCAGUCGCUACCGAGACUGUCGUUGCUGGAACCACCGUGUAUGAAGUUACCCCCACUGCUACUGGAGUGAGUGCAGGUCAAAAGCCUGCUCCGGGUCAAGACAGCAAUGGAAAUGCUCCCGGGCCCAAGGUGACUGAUAUUGCGACUGCAAACCCUAAUGUUCCCCCUGUGUAUGUCACCAGCACUAGAGUUGUGACUGUCCUGGCAUGCCCUGUCAAGAAAGACACCCUAGCUUAG